AUGACGGGGAAAAUGCCGGUGGACUUCCAUGAGUACUGCCAACUCAUCGAGAAGAAGAUUAAACGUAUCAGCCCAGACGAGGUAGAAACAGCUAACCUUUUUGAAAAACUGAUAACCAAAUAUAAUAUAAAAAAAGUGAAAAGAGUUUGCCUUCCACUUAGGGAUGAAGAUAUUAAUUCUCCAUCUUCAGAUUCUUUUUUUAAUGAUCAUUAUGUAGCCAAUAAACCGCUCAUCAUAACCAACCUGGGACAUCAAAUGGGGACAUGCACAAAAACGUACAGCAACAAAAAUGUCAUUGAACAUAUAGGGAGCACGAAAGUAAGCAUACACAUAAGUACUUGCAAAUUUCUCAACAACAUAAACAAAAACUUCCGAUACAAGUUAUCAUCUUUAGCGAAUUUUAUACAACUCAUUGGGGAAGAAGAUCAAAAGAAGAGCAGAUUUUCCCUCCAGUAUGAUGAAGGUGGAAACGAUGUAUAUCUAUUGCUGUGCAAGGCAGGGAAGGGCCAACACAACUUACAUCCGCACCACCCCACCUUGGAAACUACAAACCAGGAAAGGGACAACCACAUUGAUGAUAAUUGGAAGAAAACAGGAGAUGGUGGAAAACUUUAUUAUUAUUACAGAUCACUGGGCACUAACCAAUUUAAGGACGUCUCGAACAUCAAAAAAAUGAACCAGUUCAUCAGAGACAGUUUUUUUUUACCUGCACAGAUUUACCCCCCACAUGACGAAUUUGAAUUCUUCUCCUCAAUUUUAAGAAUAGGACAAACCAAUAUCUUCAUUUGGCUGCACUAUGACAUCCCAGACAAUUUCCUAAUUCAAGUAAAAGGUAGGAAAAAAAUUUUACUAAUCCCGCCAAAGUUUAUAAAAUAUUUUCAAAUCGUGAAUUCUUCUUCACCUUACAAUCUGUUCCACAUUUUAAUGGGGAAAAAAAAACUCACUAAAAGGGAAAAGGUUGUAAAAAAAAUACUCUGUAAGUUUGCCCUUGUAGCGGAUCUAUACGAAGGGGAAAUUUUGUUCAUUCCAUCCCUGUGGCUGCAUUACGUGUAUAACAUGCCGGCACAUACGUACGUGAAGAGAAAGUACAAAUCGUAUCACCAGCAUUUGCGCAUCAAGACAGAGGAGGAGUCUGUGCAGUUUGCAACGCAAAACAAAUGGGGAGAUAAAUUGCCGCCAAUUUGCCGCAAAUUUAUGAACCGCUUUACACCUCUAAAGAGAGGAAGAUGUGCAUGUGUGAUGGGGAGAUACGCCCGUGAUAAACAGAACAAACCCAAAAUUAAAUUACUUCUUCCACCGGGCAACACCCCCUUCCGAGACGAGACUAACCAAUCGUCUUCAAACACACCAACUGACAUAACGCAGGACGAAUUGAUACAACACUACAGCCAUUUAGAAAAUUAUGAACCUUUUUUGGAACAUCACUUUGGCAUCCGUUUAAGCGACAUGGAGGGGAGGAACUGUGAUGUUGACUCUACCCCAAACGAAACUCCCCAAAUGGAUAACCCUCCUGCAACCCUGAGUGAAGAACCGCGCGAAGGGAGGUCUCCUCAUUCAAAGGGGAGUGCCGAACAUGAGCUUCAUGAAAAUUCUAACGGGGACGCAAAACAAACACAAACAUAUGACCCGCAAACUUGCUCCUCUGCUAAACUAAACAUCAGUGUGAAUUAUUUCUUUAGAAAGAGAAAGGAGCGACUCCUGUUCAGCAAAAAAGACCUAUACGGAAACCAAGACAUUAUUUUGGCUAGCCAACUGUUUAAGAAAAUACAACAUGAUAUCGAACCGCUGCUAGCCGCACCCCCCAAGUAUAAAAAUUUCUACCUGCAAAAGUUACAAGGCAUUCUGUACUCCCACCUGGAUGAUCAUUACGUUUAA